AUACGCGAAAACGCGACUUCGCAACAACACUGACUUUUCUUAGGAGUGAGUUUGUACCCCCUGCCAAUAUCUUUCUGACGAUCUGAUGCAUACUUCCUACGUGGUAUCAUCAUCUGUCUGAUGAGUGUAUACUUAGUUGCAACUAUUCCGCGGUAUGUAAAAGUAACACAUGUGAUAUCAGAAUGCGCUGAAAUCUUAAAAAAUUGUCAGAUAAAUAUCUAUAUAUACGUAUAUACAUAACAUCUACAUCUGUACGUACCAUAUACAUAUAUAUGUACAUUUCAAGAUGGCAAAGAGAACACAACCAGCUUGGAAUUUACCAGAAAGGAAGGAUGCCACUGUGCUUCGUUUGUAUAAUAGUUUGACCAGAGAAAAAGAAAUAUUUGCUCCACAAUUUGGAAAUCGUGUAUUGUGGUACAGUUGUGGACCUACUGUUUAUGAUGCUUCCCAUAUGGGUCAUGCAAGAUCAUAUAUAUCUUUUGAUAUUCUACGUCGUGUAUUAUCAGACUAUUUUGGAUAUGAUGUUUUAUAUGUAAUGAAUAUUACUGAUAUAGAUGACAAGAUUAUAAAAAGAGCAAGACAAAAUUAUUUAUAUGAACAAUAUGUGAAAGAAAAUCAUAAUCUUAACAGUAUAUUAGACGAUGUUAAAGAAGUAAUGUUCACUUUGGAAAAUACUGUAAAAACUGCAACUGAUCCAGAUAAAAAGUGUAUGUUAGAAAAGAUGCUGUGCAAAAUAACAAAAGCUAUUGAAACCCUAGAAAAAGCAGUUGUGAAAAAAGAUGAAAAGAUUGUUUUAGAAUCUCAAGAAGCAUUGUUAAAAGAAGCUAAAGAUCCUUUAUCUGACUGGUUAGAUAAAAUAAAAGGCAGUACUAUCACAGAGCAUUCAAUAUUUACUAAGUUAUCACAACACUGGGAAUCGGAAUUUCAUAAAGAUAUGGAUGCUUUAAAUGUAUUAAGACCAAAUGUAUUGACAAGAGUUAGUGAAUACAUUCCUGAAAUAAUAGCAUUUGUGCAACGAAUAAUAGAUAAUGGACUUGCUUAUGAAAGUAAUGGAUCGGUAUAUUUUGACGUAAACAAGUUUGAUAAACAAGCAAAACAUUCUUAUGCUAAACUUGUACCAGAAGCCUAUGGUGAUACAUCAAGUUUACAAGAAGGAGAAGGCGACUUGAGUGUUACGGAAGAUAAACUUUCUGAAAAGAGGUCGAUAACAGAUUUCGCACUUUGGAAAAGCUCGAAAGCUGGUGAACCUUGGUGGAACAGUCCUUGGGGCAAAGGACGCCCUGGAUGGCAUAUUGAGUGCUCAGUUAUGGCAUCCGCUAUCUGCGGCGAGAGCUUGGAUAUUCAUACGGGUGGUGUAGAUCUGAAAUUUCCACAUCACGAUAACGAGCUCGCUCAAGCGGAAGCAUAUUUUGAUAAUUCACACUGGGUCAGGUAUUUCCUGCACUCUGGUCAUUUAACUAUAACCGGAUGCAAAAUGUCGAAAUCGUUGAAAAAUUUUGUAACGAUACAAGAUGCCUUGAAAAAGCAUUCAGCGAGGCAGCUUAGGCUUGCAUUUCUUUUACAUUCAUGGAAAGAUACGUUGGAUUACAGCGAUAAUACUAUGAACAUGGCUAUACAAUACGAAAAAUUUCUUAAUGAAUUCUUUUUAAAUGUAAAAUGUAUUAUUAGAUCUUUGGGAACAAAGACUACUAUUAAUAGUUUUACUAAGUGGUCUGAUUCUGAAAUAGAACUUAAUAAAAAAUUUCAUUUUUCUAAGCAUUCUGUACAUAAAGCAUUAUGCGACAAUAUUGAUACAAGAUCUGUUCUCGACAUAAUACGGGAGCUUGUAACGAAUUGUAAUCUAUAUAUGAGCCAAAAAAAGAAUCCAAAUACACUUCUUCUCAGGGAUAUUGCUGUGUAUAUCACAAAAAUAUUUAUCGUUUUUGGAGCUAUUUCUUCCUCGUACGAUUUGAUCGGGUUCCCAAUCGAAGAUGAAGCAGUUGGUGCAAAUGUUGAAGAUAUUGCUAUGCCAUAUCUUGAAAUUCUGGCGAAUUUCCGUGAAAAAGUCCGCGGUUUUGCAAAGACUCUGCAGGCGAACGAUAUUCUGCAAGAAUGCGAUAGAUUACGCGACGAUAUAUUGCCAAACGUUGGAGUGCGAUUGGAGGACACUAACGAAGAAGUUCAUUGCAAAGUAAAGUUAGUUAAUAGAGAAGAAUUGUUGAAGGAAAAAGAAGCUAAAAAGAAACUAGAACUUGAGAAAUUAUUGGAAAAAGAAAAGAGAAAGGCAGAAACUGCUGCUGCAGCUGCUGCAAAGGAAGCGCAAAAGAAAAUUCCGCCGAGCGAUAUGUUUAAAUUAGAAAAAGACAAAUAUUCUCAAUUUGACGAUAAAGGAUUGCCAACACAUGAUAUCGAAGGUAAAGAACUUAGUAAAGGUUUACUCAAAAAAUUACAAAAGUUACAACAAGCGCAAGAAAAAAAAUAUAACGAAUAUUUAGCUACCGUACAGAAUGGUUGCUUAUAAAAGUUGAUGUAAGAACAAUAAUUACUCAAUGUCAUUUAUAAGCAUACUAUAUUGCGUGCGAGAUGCUUCGAAAACUUAGAACAUAUAUGCUGGAAGGGGCAUAGCCUAUCUGACAUAUGUAACAAAAGUGUCCGCAACAUCUAUCUAUCCUUGUCUGCACAAAAUCUGUCAAUGCGCUUGCGUGAGAGGAUAACUGACUAAGAAAGUAUAUAUGUGUAUGUGAAGGUAUAUAUAUGUUCUACAUAGCUUGUCAUAUGUGGACAUACAACAUAAUCGACACUUGCGUAUUGCGGUACCAUGUACAGACAAGGAUAGAUGUUGCGGACAACGGCAAGUUAGCUAUGCCCCUUCCAGUAUACAUGUUCUAAGUUCGAAAACUGUUUCAUUUAUUGUUCCUACAAAAAGAAUAAUGGUUCUUACACUUUAAAUGAUUUAUUCGAGUAUUUACAUUGAGCGAUAGAUUUAAGAUAACAUGGUCUCGAUUAGUCAUCGUAUUUUCAAAGAACUUCGUAUAUUCACUUAAAAAAGAAGAAUACUUCUAAAAAAAAUUAAUGUUACAUUUAAUACAUACAAAAAGCCAAUAAAGAGCCAAUACUGAUUGUCUAUUGCGUAACUUGUUUGUUGUACAAAAUAAUACAGAAGAUAAAAUGUAUUAUGUAUUAUUAUGUAUUAUAUUGCAUAUUGGCUCUUAAUAUGGCCUUUUUUAUUUAUUAUAUUUAAUAAUUGAAGGAAAUUAACAUUAAACUAUCUAAAGUGAUUUAAAAGCUUCAAUAGACUGAUUCGAUUUCAAAAUCGCAAUAUCUGAUUACGAUUGAGUAUUUCCAUUGCUUUCGCAUCAUUAUUUUGUCAUCUAUUUAUUUUAGUCGCAAUUUCUAUAUUUAUUAAAUUAUUGUAAAUUGAAAAUAAACAUUUGUAAAUCAUC